AACAGACCCACCAACGGGCUUAUCGCUUCUCACGUCAGUCGUGUUAUGACCGUCGUCGCGUUCGUUUGCUAGUUGCGUUCGUCGUGUGCUAGGAGGGCCAGUGCUACGCUAACAGCGUUUACGAGAGCGAGGAUCACUACCAGUGUCCUCGUCUGCCAGGCAGUGUGUAGCUUUUACCGUUAUCGUCGUCUCUUUCGAGAGAGUCUGCACGUGGUGGUAGUGUUUCUUUCAUUCACAAGAACCGAUCAAUUUCACCACCACGAUCGCCUGCUGAUCUCCGGUAGCAGAACGAGCCCGCGCGUAUACGUAUACGAUCGCGUGUGCCGGUGUAAGUGAAAAACAUGCAGAACAUGACCUAGCAGCAACACACACACACACGCACACAGUUUCAUGCUGCGUUUAUCUUCUGCUGGAGAAUGUGCUGUGCGCGAUCGCGUUUCUGUGCGAACUGACUUUUCGCAGGAUACCAUCGGUGGGAAGAGUGUUCGUGGAAAUUCCUUCACAAAGUAAAGUGUAGAAUAUUGUGCAAUAAAUGACAGAUUGUGAAUUGUGAAUAGCAGUUUCGGAAAUCAAUAGUGCAAAAGUAGUCAUUGUGUCGAAAACUUUCGAGCAGUUACACGUUUCUCCAGAGGCAGCCAAUACUCACAAAAAAAGGUGAACGGGAAGAAGCUGAGAGAGAAGAAAAAAUAAGCAAGCAGCAGAAUCCUACAGGCGCUUUGUUAUUUUUUGAUCAACGCCCAUAAAACAACACAGGUGAUCUCUGUCUACUCAGUGGUGGUGUGUGAUGUGCGCAUAUCAUUUCAGUUGAAAAUUUGAUAAGAAUCGAAAAAAGUGAAUGUGAAUACGACGACGAAUACACAACACAACACAAGCAUUGUGCGCGGUCUUAUCGUUAUCGCGCAACCUGGUCCCCAAGUAAAUAUUAAACGUGUUGAAUAAUCUCAGUGUGUUUGUAGUGUGGAGGAUUGCUCAACCAAUCCGCUAGCCCGUGGUUCCUCUGAUAAGGCUAAUAAGUGCGAGCGCGCGAGUGUUUGUUUAUCAGUGCUCCGGAAACUCGUCCCGCCGAAAAUCUAAAAAAUAAUCUAUUUGUUAGAGGGUUCAAUUAAGCAGAGAAAAAUGAUAGUGUUCCGUCGUCAAACGACGGUCGGCAAGGCGCAAUAGAGUCACACAAAAAUGGAAGCUCAUGAGCGACUGCUUCCACGAGUGGACCAGCAAAGGAGCAGAUCACCGACCGCCAUCACCAUCAUGACUCACGGACAAACAGACGGUACGCGUGACCCCGUUUUUUACAGAUCCUCCAUUGGAUCAUCGUCGCCGCGAAGUCAUCGGUACCACAGAUUGGAGCGCAGCAUUAGGUCAGGCCGGGUGUUAUCAGUUUGGACGUUAGCAGCGAUAGCGCUGCUUUGCGGCGGAACGCAGCUUUCGGCGGUUAAUGCAGUAGAACCGCAAAUGCAGGCGCCACGUUUUACGACCCAGCCCUCGUCGUCCGGCUCGAUGGUGAACGAAGGCCGGACCAAGAUUCUCCAGUGUCAUGCCCUAGGUUAUCCCCAGCCCAUGUAUCGGUGGCUGAAGAAUGGUGUCCCGGUUGGAGACUUCGACACUAGCCAAUACCUGAAAAUCCAAACCACGACGCGGGAUGACGCCGGCUCGUACCAGUGUCUGGCGAAGAACGAUGCCGGAACGAUAUUCAGCGAGAAAAUAGACGUAGUGGUGGCAUAUAUGGGCAACUUCGAGGAUCUCACCGAACAGAUCGUCUCGGUUCAAUCGGGCUACCCGGCGAUACUGGACCUUGCCCGGAUAGAGUCAGUACCGGCGCCAUCGGUAACCUGGCAAACAGAGGAAGGGCCACUAAAUUAUGACAUCAAGUACGCCACGACGGCCAGCAACCAACUCAUCAUACUCAGCGUAGACGAAAACGAUAUGAAAUCGUACAGAGCGCGCGCAAUCAACACCCAGAUUGGCCGAGAAGAGAUCAGUGCCUUCAUUCGGGUUAACGUGACGGGUAAUGCGUACAGCGAGGUCGCGCCAGAGAUUAUCGUACAACCAAAGAGUAUCAGCGUGGUUCGGGGUGAGCAGACGGUUCAGCUGGAGUGUAUUGCGAACGCGAGACCACUUCACGAGCUGGAGACAAUCUGGCUGAAGGAUGAUAUUCCCGUCGAAAAUUCGGGCAUUUCGUACGCCCAUACCGAUCCGUGGAAUCGAACACUUGCGCUGUUAUAUGUAAACCUAACGCACACCGGACAGUACACAUGCCAAGUGCAAAUGAGAACCGGAGGCCAUCCGACGGUUCAUUCGGUGGCGACCGUGACAGUUCAGGAGCCUCCGUCUUUCUUCACGUCCUUCCGGACGGAAACUCUCGGUGAUUAUGGAUCGAAAACGAUGCUGCCGUGUGAUGUGAUCGGUGAACCUGUACCUCACGUCACCUGGUUCAGGAAUGCGGAAGCUCUCGAUUUGUCCACCGAUCGGUACAUGGUUCAGGAUGAUCACUCUCUGGCGAUCAAAAAGCUCAGCAUGGAGGAUUCAGCCAUGUUCCAGUGUUUGGCCAGCAACGAAGCCGGUGAAAAAUCCAGCUACACUUGGCUGAAAGUUAAAAAUAACACCGGCAGCAACAACGCCGACAACACCCAAUCAUCCGGUGCAUCUGUGCUCAAGCACCUAAUCCUAUACAAUCAGUUUACUCGAAAUAAGCGCCUCGCACAGCCCCGAAUAAUUCGCGUCCGCAAUUCGGCGACCGGAUCUGAUUCGGCAACCACCAUUGCCGGCGGCGGCGGUGGCGGCAACAGCGUCGGCAAUGGCAACAGUAGUACCAACAGGAGUCGCAAGAAGACAACCUUGGCAGCGGUACCGACGACGCCGACAACUGCCUCGAAACGUGCCGAGGAAUUCGACGUUGACGUUAGACCAUCCGUCCCGAUACUGGAGCUAUCGCCCACAAAUCAAACCGUCCUGGAUGGCAAAGACGCCACAAUGCAUUGCCGAGCCGUCGGAGCGCCAACGCCAAACAUCACCUGGGUCUUCAACGAAUCCCAAGGUAUCGAACUCUCGGGCCGAAUUCAGAUCCUGGAUUCGGGCGAUCUGCUAAUCUCCAACGUGCGGGAAUCGGACGGCGGACUGUACACUUGCGUACGCGCGAACGAAGCCGGAAUCGUGACCGGAGAGGCACAUCUCGGUGUGAUGGUGAGAACGCAAAUCGUGCAACCCCCGGCGGACACUACAGUGCUACUUGGCCAUACAGCCGCGCUUCAGUGUAAGGUGUCCUCGGAUCCUACCGUCCCGUUCAACAUCGAUUGGUACCGGGAACCACAACGACAACCCAUCAAGAAUAGCCAGAGAGUCGCUGUGAAGGCCGACGGAACACUGGAAAUCGUUGAAGUUCGCCCAUCGGACGUUGGGCAGUACUCCUGCAUUGUGACGUCCCCUGGCGGUAACGAAACCCGUUCUGCGAGACUAAGUGUAGUGGAGCUUCCCUUUGCGCCAACGAAUGUGAAGGCCGUUCGAUUGAACACCGCUACCCACCGAGCGAUCAACGUCUCCUGGACGCCAGGGUUCGACGGUAAUAGUGCGGUACUUAAGUUUAUAAUUCAACGACGGGAGGUUCCUGAACUGGACAUUACAGGACCACUACCGGAUCCGCUGCUCAACUGGAUAACCGAGCUAAGCAACGUAUCGGCGGGCUCACGGUGGGUACUGUUGACCAAUUUGAAAGCCGCCACGGCAUACCAGUUUCGUGUGAGCGCCGUCAACAAGGUCGGCGAAGGUUCACCCUCCGAACCCAGCAAUGUGAUCAAACUCCCUCAAGAAGCCCCAUCUGGUCCACCCGUGGGUUUCGUUGGGUCAGCUCGAUCUUCGUCCGAGAUUAUAACUCAAUGGCAGCCACCGCUGGAGGAGCAUCGCAACGGCCAAAUUCUUGGCUACAUUAUUCGUUACCGGUUGUUCGGUUACAAUGCGAGCCCGUGGAACUAUCGCAAUAUUACCAACGAGGCCCAACGAAACUACCUGAUUCAGGAGCUCAUCACCUGGAAGGACUAUGUGGUUCAAAUUGCCGCCUACAACAAUAUGGGCGUCGGAGUGUACACCGAUGGUGCCAAGAUAAAGACGAAGGAGGGAGUCCCGGAAGCACCACCAGUCAAUGUUCGCGUCAGGGCAUUGAAUUCGACCGCAAUAAGGAUAUGGUGGAAACCUCCGAAUCCCCAGCAGAUCAAUGGUAUCAACCAAGGUUACAAGAUUCAAGCUUGGCGCUAUGAAAUUCUGGACGGCGAAGAACAUGAAACGGAAGCAAAGGUCAUCACGGUGCCGCCGAGCUUGUUGGACCCGUUGGCAGAGCAGGACACGAUUAUGGUCGGACUUGAGAAGUUCACGGCUUACAACGUUACGGUACUCUGCUUCACUGAUCCUGGGGAUGGCGAACGUAGUCUUCCGAUUGAGGUCAAAACCAAAGAAGAUGUCCCGGAUGAGGUAGGUUCGCUCCAAUUCGACGACGUUUCGGACCGAGAAGUUACAGUCAUGUGGACUCCCCCGAAGCAAACCAACGGUAUUCUGACUGGCUAUCAGGUGAAGUACCAAAUCAAAGAGAAGCCCGGUUCGAUUAAGGUGUUCAACAUGAGCGCCGAUGUGACCAGCUUGAAGGUCGUCAACCUCAUCGCCACCACUCACUACUUGUUCGAAGUUUUCGCAUGGACCGCUGUUGGCGCUGGCGUUCCACGAACCGCAACGAUCCAGUCAGGCGUUGAACCCGUCCUGCCGAACCCUCCGUAUCAGUUGGCCCUAUCCAACAUUGAAGCCUUUUCGGUGGUGAUUCAGUUCACUCCUGGAUUCGAUGGCAACUCAUCCAUCACCAAGUGGACUGUGGAGGGUCAAACGGCUCGCAACCUCACGUGGUUCACAGUGUAUGAAGUUCACGACCCGGACGCAUCUACCCUAACCGUUACCGGGUUGACACCGUUCACGCCCUACCGACUCCGAAUUAUCGCCUCGAAUGUGGUGGGCCCUUCGGAACCCUCCGAUCCAACCAAAGAUUUCCAAACAAUCCAAGCUCGGCCGAUGCAUCCGCCGCUGAAUGUGACGGUUCGUGCGAUGAGCGCUACCGAGCUGAGGGUGCGCUGGAUUCCACUCCAACAGACCGAGUGGUUCGGCAACCCGCGAGGCUACAACAUAACCUACAGAAUCGUCAAUGGCAAGGGACCCGUUCCUGCAUUCAGUGUGGUCAUUGAGGAUCCCACGGCGAACUCUCACGUGCUGGAUAGCUUGGAGGAGUGGUCGGUGUACGAGAUAUUUAUGAGUUCGGUGAACGAGGUAGGGCAAUCGAACGAGAGUCCGCAUGCGUUCGAGAGAACACGGGAAGCGGUUCCUGCGUUCGGUCCACUGGGUGUGGAAGCUAACGCCACGUCAUCAACCACAAUCGUUAUUAAGUGGAGUGAAGUACCGAGGGAACAUAGAAAUGGUCAAAUCGAGGGGUACAAAGUGUUCUACGGAUCAGCCGGUAGAACGCAGAUCCUGCACAAAACAAUUCCAAACAAUUCGACCUUCACAACGACGUUGACGGAGUUGAAGAAGUUUGUACAGUACGACAUUCAGGUCCUGGCGUAUACUCGACUUGGAGAUGGGUUGUUGAGUACCCCGCCGGUGAGGGUGCAAACUUUCGAGGAUACUCCGGGCGCUCCAUCGAACGUUUCUUUCCCCGAUGUGUCUUUCAGUAUGGCACGCAUAAUUUGGGAUGUUCCAGAGGAACCCAACGGAGAAAUCCUCGCCUAUAGGGUUAUAUAUCUACUGAAUGGGUCCCAGAGUCUAAAUUUCAGCCGCGAAUUCCCUCCCUCCGAUCGAACAUUCCGAGCGACCCAGCUGUUGGCGGAGCGUUUCUACCUCUUCAGUGUGACAGCCCAAACGCGCCUCGGCUGGGGUAAAACGGCUGCUGUACUGGUUUACACGACCAACAAUCGAGAAAUCCCUCAAGCUCCUUCGUCGCCGCAAAUUUCCAGAUCACAGGUUCAGGCCCAACAGAUUACGUUCAGCUGGACGCCUGGCCGCGAUGGGUUCGCUCCCCUCCGGUACUACACGGUGCAUUUCCGUGAGAAUGAAGGGCCAUGGACGCUGAUUCCGGAGCGCGUUGAUCCAGCUGUAACAUCCUAUACUGCGCUGGGACUCAAACCACACACGCUAUACCAGUUUCGGAUUCAGGCAACCAACGACAUUGGACCAUCAUCGUUUAGCAAGGAAAGCAUCGAGGUUCGCACCUUGCCAGCCGCACCUUCUUUGGGUAUUACCGGGCUGAAAGUGGUACCCAUCACGACGACCAGCGUCCGGGUCCAAUGGAAUCCCCUCAAGAAGAGUUUGUGGAACGGUGACGCCACAACGGGUGGUUACCGCAUUCUCUACCAACCAGUUUCAGACUUUCCUUCGACGCUACAAAGCACCCCCAAGCUGGAUGUGAUAGGAGUCGAGCAGGAGUCAGCCAUUCUGCGAGAUCUGUCCCAAGAUCGAAAUUACGAAAUCAUAGUGCAACCAUUCAACUCCCAAGGGUCCGGUCCUCCAACGCCGCCUGUAGCGGUCUAUGUUGGGGAGGCCGUACCCACUGGAGAACCGCGAGGCAUCGACGCCGCCCCGGUGUCUUCUACCGAAGUUCGUCUCCGCUGGAAGGCACCCCAGCAGAGCAUGCAGAACGGAGAGUUGUUAGGGUACAAGAUCUUCUACUUAGUGACCGAUUCGCCCCAGGAGUUGGAGGAUGGUCGAAAGCACGAGGAAGAAAUCGAAGUUGUUCCCGCAUCGUACACCUCCCACAGUCUGGUUUUCCUAGACAAAUACACCGAGUAUCGGAUACAGAUCUUGGCGUUCAACCCGGCCGGGGACGGACCCCGGUCGGCUCCGAUAACGGUGAAGACGCUCCAGGGGCUGCCGGGCUCACCUAGCAGCUUGUCUUUCUCGGAAAUCACUAUGAAUAGUCUGAAGGUUAGCUGGAAUGCACCGAAGAUGCGCAACGGCGAGAUUCUAGGUUACAUUGUGACGUACGAAACCACCGAGGAUAACGAGAAGUUCAGCAAACAGGUCAAACAGAAGGUGUCCGGGACGAGCCUACUGAUACAGAACCUCGAGGAGGAAGUCACCUACACGUUCACCGUGCGAGCGCAAACCAUCGAUUACGGCCCGGCGCUCAGCGGAAACGUGACGACGGGACCCCAGGAUGGCUCACCCGUGUCACCGCGUGAUCUGUUGCUUUCCAAAUCGCAAGCGAGUGUUGACAUGUCCUGGAUCAAUGGGCCCUCCGGAAAGGGUCCGAUCCUGGGCUAUUACAUCGAAACGAAAAAACGAGAUAUGGAGCACUACUAUAAUUACGACUCCCGCUGGGAAACGGUAGCUCGAACAACGAACGGCCCGAUCCAGGAGUUCACCGUUAGCUUCCAGAGCCUGCUACCCUCGACGGCGUACAAGUUCCGUGUGAUUGCCUACAAUCGGUACGGAAUCAGUUGUCCAGUGUACUCCGACGACGCCAUCUUGACUCCGUCGAAGCUGUAUCUGGAGUAUGGCUAUCUGCAGCAGAAGCCAUUCUAUCGGCAGACGUGGUUCAUGGUGGCACUGGCCGCCACCUCCAUCGUCAUCAUCAUUAUGGUGAUUGCGGUGCUCUGCGUGAAGAGCAAAAGCUACAAAUAUAAGCAAGAAGCGCAGAAAACCCUCGAAGAGUCGAUGGCCAUGUCCAUCGACGAGCGACAGGAGUUGGCACUGGAACUUUACCGAUCACGUCACGGAGUGACGAGCGCCAACGGUACGCUCAACGGGACCGGAACGAUGGGACGCCGAACGGGAACGAUUCUGGGUCGGAAACAGCAAACUUCGGCAGCGGCAGCUGCCUCCCUAGGCAAGUCACCACCACGGCCAUCGCCUGCCUCGGUGGCAUAUCACAGCGACGAGGAAAGCCUCAAGUGCUACGACGAAAAUCCGGACGACAGCAGCGUCACGGAGAAGCCUUCCGAAGUCAGUUCCAGCGACUCACAGGCUUCGGAAAGCGAGAACGAGAGCGUCCGAUCGGAUCCGCACUCCUUCGUGAACCACUACGCGAACGUGAAUGACUCGUUGCGACAAUCGUGGAAGCGCCAGAAACCGGUUCGGAACUACUCCAGCUACACAGACUCCGAACCGGAAGGUUCGGCCGUGAUGAGUCUGAACGGAGGACAGAUCAUCAUGAACAACAUGGCUCGAUCGCGAGCCCCACUGCCCGGCUUCAGCUCGUUCGUAUGACCUUCGUCCUGCGAGGGGAUUAUUGAUGAGCUCAGCAGCAGCGGCAAGCUGCACACCAAAUGCAACGGCUUCGCGCUCAACGGGAACGCGGUGGUCGUUGUCGGGGGUGGGGUCAGCGGCAGCAAGAGCGAAAAUCAUCUAUCCUGAUAGGAGCUAGGAGCGACGAACGAUGCCAGAGGAGGAGGUAGCUGUAAGAUACAUGUUUGUGAUACAACAGUUUUACAACUGCGAAUUUAGAGCGAGCGAGCGAGCGGAGGUUUGUAUGAGAGGGAUAGACUGUGCGGAACCAGUGUUGACAGCGUUUGGAGGACACACACACGAUGAGCCUUUUAUUUUAAUGAAUGGAUGAGAAGCAAUGGGAGUACUUGGUUACGAUAGAUAGACGUUCGAAUGAAGCAGCCAUUUGUUCCAAACGGUAGUGCAGAAUCAAAAUAUGACUGAUUUUUUUAUUCUUUACUGUAGAAUAUUCAAGAUUAGUUUAAAUUAAUGUUCGGUGCCCGUGCACCGUUGCUAAGAAUUAUUUUAACCUCUACCUAGAAGAAAAUCUUUGAAUUUAAGCAAAUGCAAUUGAUAAAGCUCCUUUUGUACAAUUGAAUGUGAGAGGUCCGAUGGUGACCGAAAAUCCGAAUGCAUUCACACUCGAACAGCAACACGGAAAAUUUUUAUCCAUCUGUGAAAAUGUUUUAAUCUCAUCAAAAUAUCGAGGUGUAUAGUUUUUACAAGAAGUAUAUACAAAUUAUUCACGAAAUACCGGAGGUGACGCCACAUAUUGUAAUCGGCCACCUUCGCUAUUUGAUCUCACAAAAUGGUAGAACAGAAAGGCACAAACUUAUAAUAACAUACACACAAAACUUGGGUACGAGAGUAGGGAUACCAUCUGGUCGGAGUUAAAAAUCAGGACACCUGUCACAGGUACCAUUAUGACUAAACCAUUAUGAUUCCUUGUGAUAUAAUCAAGUAAAAACACGUUGUAUCUUAUUUGUGAGACCAAAAUACUAGAAUUUGCGCAAAUACUCCGGAUAUUAUGGCUUCUGUCUUUGUACGAACAAUGUAAUCAUGCGCAAUAGUGCCGGAGUACAAUCCAUAGAUUUGAAGCCAUUAUGAUGUAUUACGGUAUGAAACGGAAGAGCUGCUCCUGCAACCCUAAUCUUCUGAGCGGCUAGAUUUGAUUUUUACACCACAUUAUUCAGCAUGGAUUUGGAAGUGGAAUUCUAAUAUUGAUGAGGGCAGAAAGAAAGACAAACGCGUGCAGUGCAUGUAACCCAUGUAACGGACAAACAAGUAGUGAGAGUUUUAUUUGACUGAUGAUCAUGAGUUGCUUGUAUUGGAUGGUCUUCAACACUCCUCCUCAACCCAUAACAUAUCGUAAUCCCAUUGCUUCGCGACACAAUUUUAUCUUUGAUGGAGGUAAUGGCUUGGUUGAACCGUCUGCAGUCUGCUUGUCAGUGCUGGUAUACUCCUCCUGGAUGUCCCCCUCGUCGCAGUAAUCAUGGAUGAAAUGAUGACUUUAUAAAAAUGUUUGUUUCUAGGUUGAUAGCCACCAUUCUUCGCCACGGAGAUCGCACUCUGGUUAUCGCAAUGAAUAACAAUGGCUUUAUCCUCCUCGAACAAUGCUCUUAAACGCUUCCACCACAGCUGCCGAUGUACUUGGCUCCACAAGUGAACAGAGCAACGGUUUGUUGAUGUUUGCAGCUCCAUGAUAUAGCUCCAACUUCAGCGGUGAAUACGUAUCCUGUGGUGGAUUUUCGGUCGUCUUGGUCAGACGCCCAGCCAGCGUCGUAGAAUCCUUCAAUCAUUGAUUCUUUAUCCUGCUGGUAUACCACGUGAUAUUUGGAUGCUCUUUUUAAGGAAACGUAGCAAGUGCUUCACUGCAUUCCAAUGUCGCUCACCAGGGCUGGCAUUGAAUCGGCUGAGAAUGUUCAGCGCAUAACAGAUGUCCGACCACGUGCUUUGUGCCAAGUACGUAAGGCAGCCAGGCAAUUUCCUUGUACGGAACAUUUGUCAUGCGUUCCACUUUUUCAUUUGUUGAAGAACACAUUCCCUUCGUCAAUUUCUCGCUUAUGUUCAUAGAAGAAGUCACGGUUUUGCAUGUGGGACAUUCAAAAUCGAUCCAGAAUCUUUGUAAUAUAGAACUUCUGAUCCAAAAUAACCGCUGCUUCCAUUCUGGUUAUCCGGAUACCCAGAGCGUAUUUGGCAGGUCCAAUAUCCUUCAUCUUGAAUGCCCAGUUUAGCUUCGAUUUGAUUUCGUUCGUCCAUCGCCUACAGUUCCUGAAGAAAAAUACUUCAUCCACAUAGACUGCAACGAACAAUAUCUUAUUGUCUUCGAUCUUAUAGUUCACACAAGGGUCGUAUGUGGUACAUUGAAGACCGAAUUUCCGGAGGGCAACAUCCAGUUUCGUGUUCCUCGGACUCGAUUGGAUUGACUGAGUCCAUACAACGUCUCAACAGACAAACCUUGUUUCCUCCAUCUAUAAAGCAAGGAGGUUGCUCUAUGUAUAUCUCCUCGGAGAGGUCUCCUUGCAAGAAAGCUGUUAAGGCAUCCAUCUGAUCGAUCUGAAGUUUCCGACGAGCAGCCAUUGCGGAAAGAUAUCGCAGGGAACUGUAUCUAACCACUGGGGAAUAGGUCUCCUCGUAAUCCACUCCCUUUCUCUGCGAGUAUCCUUUAAUGACCAGCCUGGCUUUGUUCCCGGUCGAUGUGGCUUUUUUCGACCAGCUUAGUCCUGUACACCCAUUCGCAUUUGAUGGCAAGACAGCAAGUGUCCACGCCCCGUUAGAAAUGAGGGCUUCAACUCGUCCACCAUGGUCUGUUUCCAAUGCUCAGCAUCUUCUCGUGAUAACGCGGAAUUAUGUUUUGUCAUCGAUAAAUGUCAAACAAUAUCAACAACCUCCUAGUGAGUUUUCCUCCAUUGGUCCAACAAUAUCCGAAUGAACUAAUACGAGCACUUCAUUUGCGCGGGACCCACUGUGAUUGAAUGGAAGUCGUGUUUGCUUACCGAUGGCACAAGUUUUGCAUUGACCAGUGUCGGUUCCAUUGAAUUUGAUUCGUUCUACCAUGUCAUUCCAUAGUUUUAUCAGAUUCCAGGAUGCCAAAUGACCCAUGAGCAUGCUAGCGCCUUCGUAGUUUUUGGUCUAACUUGAACAAACCGAAAUGAAAUCAAAAUACCAAUCGUUAUCUUCUAUGGCGUUUCGCAUAGACAACAUCGUACAGAAGGCAUUCCCUUUUUUGCAUGAUCGCUUCUUGCUAUGUGGCCAUAUUUUUCACAUCGACGACACUGUAGACUUUUUCCUUUCGAUUGUGCUUCCUUGACGAACCUCUUUUGCUCGAAUUUCGAAUAAUUUUUCUUCAGUAUGAACGCCGAAUCUGUACAAGUGGGCUAUGCUAAACUUGUUUCUUGGAGCAACUUGGUUUUGAUUAUGUCUCCUGUUAUUUGUGUACAGAAAGAAAAGAAUUUUUUUUUUGUGUACAGAAAGGUUUUGACUGCGAAUUUCCAAGUGCGCCAGUUCUCCCGACCGUCCAGCCGCUUGAUGGCUGGAUGGCCCUGUGUGCAGAUCUGCUCUGAUGUUUGUGCUUGCACUCUCGAUGAAUUUCUGGAUCUUUCUCCGUUCGACAUCGUCGUAAGCUAAGAUAAGAUCAGACAAUAGGAGGUAUUUUGCGGACCAAAUUUCUGUCAGAUACGGACCAAAUUUCCGUCAGUCGUUCUGAUUUCUGAUUGGCUGAUUUCGAGCGAAUGGCUCUAGCUCGUGAAUAUGAAAAAAGAGAUAGUUGGUACCAUCCAGGUUGUGUUUUGCUGACUACCAAUCUCUUGUUACACUGCUCACAUGUUCUUUCCUGCUGACUUAUUUUGAUGAACAACGAAUUUGGUUCUGUUCUGUCGAGGAAAGUUUUCGCUUCAUCGACGGUGUACUCAUAGUCGAAUUGAAUAUUCAUGUCAUCCACAUUAUCUUUAAAAUUAGAUGAAGCUGAAAUUCGAUAUGAUGUCGAUGCUGCUUCACUGUCCAUAAAUUUAUGGGCUGAACAUUCUUCUAUUCGCUUUGUUAGCAAGUCCAUCAAUCCAACAAGAUGUUCUUGUUUAUCGGCUGUAUGCGAAGCAUUCGGUACUACGGUCAUAUAUGAGUCACGAUUUUCAACUGCACGAAUCAACGAGAAAAGAUUCUCCAGAUAAUCUUGGACGAGUUGUUAUGGAUAUCAUUAUUAUAUUAUAGAUAUGGGUAUUUAAAAGACUUAUUUUAUCAUUUUAAAACAUAUUUUUGAGAUUACCUUAUUGAAAAUAUGCAAAAUCAUUAAAUUCGCACCAACCAAAUGUUACGAUUCAUAAAAACAGAAAUUAAAAAAAAUCCGCAAUUGUAUAAUAUUUGGCAACUCUGGCAUCUUCACGUCAUGGCUUCAUUUUUGUCCGACGAAGAAGAGUAAAAAGCCAGUUGUCUCAUCUUGUCUUAGGUCGUAAGCAAGAUGAUGGAGUUAACAGGUGGCUCGUAAUUUACACUAUUUAAAAAAGACAUAUGAGGAAUGGCAAGACGAAAAGUUUGGAUUUGUUUAUGUUAUUACUUACGUUGGUAUGGUAACAUUUGAUUUCGUCGAAGGUAUUUGGAGCAGUAUAAUAAAUAAACAGUUGUCGUUGAAAAUAGUAACCAGUAACCUUUAUGCAUAUGCUUCCGCCAGCUGGCUCGGCUAAUGUGAUAUGAUUUUUUCAGGGAAUGCUUUGAUCGUGGUACCGCCACUGGCGCAUAAUUUGCAGCUUGGUUUUUUGUGCUGGUUCAUAACGGCAAUCAACCGUGCCGGCGAAACUGUAGUCAAUGUUUAGUGUUGUUUGGAUACCAUCUAUGUAAAUAAAUUCAAACUUACGGGAUACGUCCGAACGGCAAUUCUGACAUUACGUUUUACCUUCCACUUCACUUUCCUUGGUCGUAAGUAACGAACAAACAAGUAGUGACAGUUUUAUUUGACAGAAGAUCAUGGGUUGCUUAUAUUGGAUGGUCUUCAACGAAUAUUCUUGUAAUGUUUCGGUGUUUGGAUAUGCUUUUCUAAAUCAGAUUUAUCUGUGGUGGUUAAUUGCAGGGGUACGACUAAAACGUCAAAUCUCUCAUAUUGCCAGUGUACCCAAUAUUGCUGCGGUUUACUGACAUUUUGGUUCAAUCAAUUACUGUUGUUUACAACUCGGUCCGGUUAUAUAGUCGAAUAGUGGCUAACUUUAAACUCCAUGUUAAAUGUGAACACCUCCAUGUGAAACCGAAAUAUGAAAAUCGCUCAUGCAGUUAGAAUAAAGCAGCGCAUUUUUCGAUUUCAAUCCUCGUAAAUGAUAUGUUGAUAAACAAAUGACGCCAUAUUGAUUUUGAUUUUGGGUAGCCUAUAUUCAAUUGAUGUCUAACCCCUGGUUAAUUGUUGAUUUCAAACUUCUGUUUCAACAAAAUGACAAAAUUCACAUACCGCACCGACACAUAGCAAAAAAAAACCAGUAAAAAUCACAUAUGCAGUACUUAGCCUCAUGAUCAUGAUCGUUCAAUUCGUCAGUAAAAUAACGCACCUGUUUAGAUAUUUGAAAAAUCAACUUGAAAUAUCGAGACAAAUCACAAAAAAACACCGUGUCCGGUGAAACGUAAACUCUGAAUGAAAACAGAUGGAAGAUCUCGUGGAAGAUGCAACUGUCACUCUUUAUACGCAUGCAAAAUUUUAGUCACAAAUAAAAAAGGUUUCAAUCAAAAACAAAAUACACUGAAAAAAAUUAUGAUUCGAAAAUGAAGAAUAAAUCAGGAAGCCAUUUUGGGAUUUUAAAAUCAGGAUAUGCCCGGAAAAAUCAGGACGGAUGGUAUCCCUAUACGAGAGGUACUUAUUUUUAUUUCGUCCGAUAGAGGAAAAAAGGACUUAACCGUUCACUGCCAUGCCCUAUUCCAUAAACUGUAACAUUUCCCAGUAUUAGAAGCCACAGACGGAUAAGUCUGGAACACGAGAGUUCCCCCACGGCCAUGGAACAUUAACAUGCUGAACCGUCUUGUGGGCGCGACGCAUCAGGGAAUGGUCCCUGACCUGAAGGAACUCGUUCAGCGAAGUGUGCAAAAUUUUAUUUAACCUUUCUAAUUUUCGAUAAUAACUCAUUUUAAAAUCUGUUUUAAUUUGAUCUACUUCGUUCGAGUCUCAGAAGUGCGAACAUACCUAUUUCCAGUUGCCUUAUUAUGUAGAGAAAAAGAGAAAAUUAACAAGAACGUUAUAUCUAUGAUAUAAAUAUAGCAUCUUCACCGUUUGCUAUUUUAUUUUCGGCAGAAUGUUGUGCACCUCAAAAACGAGUCACCGAUGAUAGCAGAUGAACAAAUGUAUAUAGAUGUCAGAACAAAAAAAUGAGUGUUAAUGUGAUAGCACCAAAUUGAACUUUCAGAGAACUCUUUCUACUUAACGGAAAGUAAAUUAUACCGAGUUAUGAUGACUACCUAGUUUCGCUGCGCGGACUACGCAAACCAAGGUGAACGCCCGUGUAAAUGUGUUUGUCUUUGUAUAAAAUUUAUACUGCAGGUUAUUAAUUUAUUAUAAGUUUUCUAGUAUUUUAUAUAGCUAGCAGAACUAAGUAACAGAGGCGAGACAGACGAGCAAAGGCAAGCUCUGCAUCGAUCUUAUCACCCGAUUAGGCGCUGAUCGUCAGCAAUUCGAUAGGAUUGUGUAUAGAUAGUAGAUAAUGAAGAAUAAAAGGCAGCACAAUAGUAAGACAGAUAACACAAAAACACACACACGCGUAUCUUCGUAUAACAUAAACAAUCGAAUACACAAUCGUUUUACCCUUCCUCCCCGAAAGUGGAAUAAUAGAACCACGCUGACUAUAUAUGAUAUAUAAAAAUACCCGUAUAAUAGUAUUCAGAGGAAAUAACGAGAAACAGAUGAACUUAAAUAAUACAAAACAAGAACAAAUAAAUGCCACUAAAAAUGAUGAUGACAAAAUGUAUGCGCGAAAUAAAGAAUAUGGAAUAUAAAUAGCGUUUCAACGGUGAGUAGGACGAAAACGAAAAACCAUUUCUACCUUGAAUACUUUAUUCAAUUACGAGUACAACUUCGAUGGUUCUAAAAGUUAAACACUGAGCAAAGAAGGUGCAAAAAGCAAAAAAGAGGGUUGAUUGAGGGACAUUGCGCCUGGUAGUAACGCGGAGCAAAAUCUAUAGACAAAAAAAAAAAACGCUCCGGGACGAGAAUUUGUUGACGAAAUAAAAUUCGGAAUAAUUAGAAUCCGGAAUCAUAAAACCAGUUGUAUCUCGGGAUUGGUUAGAGGGUACAACAAACAUUCCUAUAAAAAUACAAAUACAAUUUAGUGUUCUUUAAAAAAAAUAUAAAAAAAAUAUUCCGUAACAGUGUUGAUAAUUUUUCGUACUUUACUUCGUAUACCCUCUAUCAAAAUUUGGAUU